AUGAGCAGAAACAUGACUCUGCUGCGAAGCUCUACUGUGCUGCUGCUUUUGGCUUUCUCUGUAUCAAGGACACAUACAACGAGGAUAAUUGGGGGCUGGGAGGUCGUGCCGUACUCUGUCAAAUAUCAGGCAUCCCUGCAGACCAAGAGCGGGCAGCACUACUGUGGAGGGACCUUAGUGCACCCUCAGUUUGUGGUGUCUGCUGCCCACUGCUGGAGACCGGAGAACAGGAUGCAGGUGGUGUUAUGUGAACACAACCUGUACAAGCAAGAAGGACCUGAACAGGUCUUCAAUGUCUCAAGGAUAUUUUACCAUGGAGGGUAUAACUACAGGACAUUCGAAAAUGACAUCAUGAUCAUCAAGCUGAGCAGGCCAGCACAGCUGAACGCCAAAGUCCAGCCAGCUGUUCUGCCUUCUGCAAACGCUCCUCCACGUGGACGUGACGUCUGCACAGUGAGCGGCUGGGGUGUGACACAGAUUUAUAGUUUCAUCCUCUCUCCUGUUCUCCGUGCUGUGAAUGUGGAAGUAUUUCCUUACUGCUAUUACUAUUACUGGAGGAGGUUUAAACCACAAACGAUGAUGUGUGCUGGAUCUCGAUAUGGUGGCAAAGAUUCAUGCCAGGGAGACUCCGGUGGUCCUCUUAUCUGCAAUGGCAAGUUCGAGGGCAUCGUCUCCUGGGGUAUCAGCUGUGCAAACCCAUACUACCCUGGAGUCUACACCAAAGUGAGGAACUACGUCAACUGGAUCAAGUGGGUUAUCUACAAUAACGCACCCUGAACACUCGACACAGUCUUCGAUACGCAGCCUGCAGAGACGGGCUACUAGAUUUAUUCAUUUUGAAAACAAAUAUGUUACUCACGACAUUAUUUUCAAUGCCCUGUUCCAUUACUUAUUACUUUCUUUUUUUUGUUUUUGUUGUACUAAUUGUCAACUUUACAUACUUAAUUUAAUAGCAGUUUAUAAUGUCGCUAGGAUUAUCAGUCACUUUUAUACAAAAGGUUUUCUGGAAAUGCUUACAAUUAGUUGAUUUUCAUCUGUUCAUUUUUGUGAUAGAGAAAUGAGACACAGAUAUAAACUUAGUGUUAUUAUCAUUAUUAUUAUUUUAAUUAUCAGUCGUUGUAGAAGUAAUUGUUGUAAAAAAAAAUAUGUUAAAACAGCAUUAUCAGUAGAGCCGGGCAGUAUGAUUAAAAUAAGUGGUAAUAUUAAAUCAUCAUUCAGCGCUAUUUAUUGAUAUUUUUAUGAAUACCAUACUUAAGCACUGGGUCUAUACACUGACCGGUCACCCUUUCCUCAUACCACUGCAAGCACUGAAUGAAUGAAUAAACCAUUCACAGUGACAAUAAAAAUAACUUGUUUCUCUUUUGCAAAGAGCUGUAUCUGAUUUCUGUCAAGUUGCAGUUACCGUUUACAUUAAUAUCUCAGAAAAACAUGGAUGCGUCACUCAUAUCUUCACACAGGAUCUAUAGGAUCAGCACAGUUCCCAGGUGGGCACCCAAGAUAAGGAUUACCAA